AUGAACAGCUCCAUGGCUACUCUCGCCAUCUUCCUGGUUGCUGCUAUGUUCUUAUCCCAAGCUCAGGCUCAGUUUGAAUCCAUUCUUUCAGUCUGUUGUUUUGACUACGUAAAGCGGCCUCUUCCAGAGAAGAUCCUGAAGUCCUUUGAAGAAACAGAAGGAAGGUGUUCCAGGCCAGCUGUCAUAUUUAUUACACAUAAGAAUCGUCGGAUAUGUGCAGAUCCCAGUGAACAAUGGGUCCAAGAUCGUAUACAAUAUUUGUCCCAAAAGUGA